CGCACGAAACAAUAAAAUAUGCCUCCAUUAUUUUGGUUGAUUCUAUUCGAAUUUCGUAUCGUUUUCCUUUUUUCGAUCGUACUUCUUAUAAUUUUCUUAUGGUUGAAGAACACAAAAUAUGCUAAGAAUAAUAGUCAAGUGCCGUUAGUCGCAUCUUUACCAAUUUUAAAAAAUAUCCUGUCUUUGUGGCGCAACAAUCUUGACAAUGAUCUCGGUGUUUAUAUUAUUCAAUAUUUGAAUUAUAUGAGCAUAACACAUCUAAAAGAAAAAAUGUUCAGAAUUUGCUGGGCAGGACAUAGCUACGUGGCACUUAUUCAUCCGCAAGUUGCCCAGGAAGUCUUUAAAAGUUAUAAUGUGAUAAACAAGGAUUGGACGUACAAUAUUUUUCAUCCGUGGUUAGAAACUGGACUUCUUACGAGCUCUGAUGGCAAAUGGAGAAAUCGAAGGAAACUUCUCACUCCCGCAUUCCAUUUUCGAAUUCUUGAAGAUUUUCAAGAUAUCUUUUACGAGCAGUCCAAUGUAUUAGUGGAAAAAUUAAAAGAGACAAAGGCGGGUGAAAUAAUAAAAAUGUCCGAAUUAGUCACGCUCUGUACACUCGACAUAGUUGGAGAUUCUGCAAUGGGAGUUAAAUUAAAUGCUCAACUUAGUACUGAUAAUGAAUAUGUUAAAGCGGUUAAAAACGUUACACGAUCGAUUGUUCAAUGGUUCUCAAAACCGUGGUAUUGGUUUCCACCAUUAUUCUACGUGAGUUCUUUGGGAAAGAAUAUGAGGAAAGAUAUCAUAUUACUUCACGAUUUUGCCAGAAAGGUUAUAAGAAGGAGGAAAGAAAUAGUAAUAGAAGAAAUAGAAGAGAAUCAAACAAUGGAUGACUUCCAAGAAGAAAGAGAGAUAUUGGGAAUCAAGAAGCGCAGAGCAUUUCUCGAUUUAUUGUUAUAUCAUCACCUAAACGACGGAAGUUUAACUGAAGAGGACAUUAGAGAAGAAGUCGAUACCUUUAUGUUCGAAGGACACGACACUACGUCAAUGGGAAUUAGCUGGACGUUAUUUCUUCUCGGUUUGUAUCAGGAUGCCCAAGAAAAAGUGUUUCGAGAAUUAAAUGACAUAUUUGGUGACGACACGAACAGGACAAUAAAAACGGAUGAUCUGAAGGAGAUGAAAUACUUGGAACGUGUCAUUAAGGAAUCUCUGCGAUUGCAUCCUUCGGUUCCAUUUAUUUUGAGGAGAGCCAGUGAAGAAUUAAAAAUUGGAGAAUAUACAAUUCCACGAAAUUCGUCAAUUUUCGUUUACAUUUAUGGAAUUCAUCACAAUCCAGAAGUUUAUGAAAAUCCCGAAAUAUUCGAUCCCGAUCGUUUCUUGCCAGAGAAUUGUGAAAAUCGUCAUCCUUUUGCCUACGUACCAUUCUCGGCCGGUCCUAGAAAUUGCAUAGGACAACGCUUUGCAAUGAAUGUAUUAAAAACUGUUUGUGCCAAUGUGUUGAGAAACUUCAAAGUUCGUUCUACGCAGCAUCGAGACAAAGUUGUUGUAUCGGGAGAUAUUAUUCUUCGUCCUAAAGAGGGAAUAAAAUUAUUUGUAGAAAAGAGAUAAAUCGUAAAAGAUUCCGUAAUAUUAGUAAUUUCGUUCCUUUGUGUUAUAAAAAUUAUUAUCACAGCAACGUCCAAUCUUGAAUAUUGUCAUUAAUAGUUAUGCAAAUAAAUAUUUUUAUUUAAUUUAAGUAUUUGUUUUCCGAGUAUAAAUCAAAUUCAAUUGUUACAAAUUGUAAAAAUAUUGUAUUUAAGACAAUUAUUUCUUUGCCUUAAGAUAUGAAUUACAGCAAGUUUCAAUGUAUGUACCGGUACUUAAGUUACUAUAUUCAAUUUGUCUUCCUAAAUAUGCGAUAAAUAUUUGGAAUAAUAAUAAUGAUAAUAUUACUUUUAAUU